AAUUCGUCUACAAAAUUGUGGUAUCUCAGUAGAGAAUUAGGAAGGUUAUUCUUGACUGUCUCUAAGGUGCCGCCAGCGAGUCAGUGAGGCAUCCUUUAUCCUAAGUUCCUGCCCUUCCAGCUGCGGGAGCAUGAAGUAUUGCCAGCUACCCGCCUGGGCUGGCUGUAACUUUUGUGGACGUUCCGUCUGGCGACUGCAUGCCUAGGCCACCCAAGCCUUCUGUGUGGAUUGUGACGGCAGGCAAGGCUGAGCGACAUGUCCAGGGCACAGAUCUCGGCUCUGGUGUGUGGUGUCGGAGGGUUUGGUGCUCUCGUGGCUGCCACUACAUCCAAUGAGUGGAAGGUGACCACCCGUGCGUCCUCUGUCAUAACCGCCACUUGGGUUUACCAGGGUCUGUGGAUGAACUGCGCCGGGAACGCCUUGGGCUCCUUCCACUGCCGGCCGCACUUUACUAUCUUCAGAGUAGAAGGCUACAUCCAGGCCUGCAGAGGACUGAUGAUUGCCGCGGUCAGCCUGGGCUUUUUCGGCUCCAUCUUCGCUCUCUUUGGAAUGAAGUGUACCAAGGUUGGAGGCUCAGAUAAGGCCAAAGCGAAACUCGCUUGCUUGGCUGGGAUUGUGUUCAUAUUAUCAGGUCUGUGCUCCAUGACAGGCUGCUCCCUGUAUGCCAACAAAAUCACAACAGAAUUCUUUGAUCCUCUCUUUGUGGAGCAAAAGUACGAGCUGGGAGCUGCUCUCUUCAUCGGGUGGGCAGGAGCCUCGCUUUGUAUCAUUGGCGGUGUCAUAUUUUGCUUUUCAAUAUCUGACAACAACAAGACACCCAGGAUGGGCUACACGUACAAUGGACCCACGUCUGUCACGUCUUCUCGGACCAAGUAUCAUGGUGGAGAAGGGGAUUUUAAAACCACAGGUCCUUCCAAACAGUUUGAUAAAAACGCUUAUGUCUAAAGGAGCUCCUGACAAGCUGCGUCUUGAAACUGAACUGUUCACGCAAUGAUCCUUCCACGGCCCUCCCGUAACUGCCGCUUCUGCUGUUUUUUAAAAUGUGAAUUUGAAGGCUGUUGAUUGGAUGGAUGUAAAUGUUCUUAUAGCAAUAUAUGCUAAUCAUUUUCUGUUGUGCCUUUCUAUGAGGAAAAUAAACAGGUUAUUUACAGGA